AGACUGCGACUUUUCGACAGGGGCAGUGAUAGGCACCCUGCUUUGGGGCUUUCUGGGUGACACACGCGGCCGCCGCCGCAUGCUGCUGGUGUCGCUGGUGCUGGGCGCCGCGUCCAACGCGCUGGCCAGCAUAUCUGUCAACUGGAUCAUGCUGAUGAUCGUCCAACUAUGCACCGUUACUUUGGGCUCAGGGAUAUACGUGCUGUCAAUGACUCUGCUCAGCGAGAGCGUACCACUACAGAAACGUAAUGUCGCCAUGGUUCUGGUUUCCAGCAUCUUUCUUCUUGCACAAGGCAUUAUAUCAGUAAUGUCUAUACCCAUCAUACCGUUGACGUUUUCUUACCACCUGGAGGCGCUUGGUAUCUACUGGAACUCCUGGCGUACACUGCAGGUGGUGUACUCACUGCCGUGUCUGAUCUGCGCCGUGUUCUGGGUAUUCAUGCAGGAGAGCCCCAAGUACGAACUGGCUAGUGGAAAUGAAGACCAGGCACUGAAGAUCUUGAGGAUCAUCCAUAGGUGGAAUAACGGCAGGAAAGAGGAAGAAUUGCAAGUAAAAGAGCUGUUGCAAGAGACAGAUGCUACACAGAAGAAGUCUGAAGAUGUGAAGGAUCAAAUAGUGCCGCUGUUCAAGAAACCAUAUUUGAAGAGCACGUUGAUCAUGGCCAGUCUCUUUAUACUAUUCCAAAUUAUAGUAGCCUUCGUUGUGUGGGCGCCAAGCAUCGCCAAUCAGCUGAUGAAACUGCUGGAGACAGGCGAGGGUUCGGACCUCACACUCUGCCAGAUCAUAGCCACUGAAGUCGAAGUUAAUCCUGAUGCAACGCCCUGUUCCAUCAACAGCACCGCUAUGUUCCUGCUCCUUGCCAUGUGCUCGCUGCAGUCUGUCUUCAACACCAUACUCAGCCUGAUAGUGAACAAAGCAGGCCGCCGCAACACCGCCAUGGCCGUCGCUUCCCUGUGCGGCUUGUCCGGCGUGCUGGUCAACUUGGUCCCUAACGCCGUGGGCACGGGUGUGCUUUUCGUAGUAUUCUCUCUGGGUGCCGUCACGAUGGGCUUUUACACCGCCAUCGCUGUUACACUGUUCCCCACAAGACUGAGGACCAUGGCUAUGGCCAUGUCAAUGAUAGGGGCACGGUUGAUGAGCGUCGUCUUCAUUCAGAUCGUCAACUACCUUCUCGUCAAUUCUUGCGAGCUGGGCUUCUACCUCUUCUCAGCUCUGUUCGCCUCAUCGACGUUGAUAUUGGCCCUACUACCAGACGACCGCCGUCUGCUCGCGCCGCCGAAACAGCCCGAUCCGGAGUUUCCGGAUGAGCAACAUGAGCAGAGGACAUCUUUUUAAAGUUUCAACGUAUAACUUUAUGAUCUUACUCAUCAUCGCGUCAGCCAAAUGACGUUCAUGGUUAGACAAAGGAUUCUUUGAGGAACGGUCAC